AUCACUGUACUAAUACUAAAAAGACACACAGCUAUCAUCAAUGCCAGAGCAGCAGUGUUUCCUCUCUGUAGCCUGUGGCCUGUUUAAAUAACCGCAUUCUGUAUUUUUUAUGUUUUCUGUGUCCUGCUGAUAAACUCAAGAUUGUUUUCUACAGGCAGAAUGCAUUUGUAUAUUUAUUCAUUAUUUGAGUCUGUAUUCAUUGAUAUUCUGAUCUUGAAGCGAUUAUCAAAUAACCCAAAAUAUGAUUAUGGUGUCUCUUGAACACUGGAAAGAAUAUAUUAGGUUAAAUGUUAACUUGUUAUAUGUAACUUAUUAAACCUGACCUCAGUAAUUAUCAUCCUUAUGUGACUGAAUGAAAUGAAAACAUUGUAAAAAAGACUGUAAAACUAACCAAACUAACUGCCUGUGAUAUUGAUAUUAUUCACAUUUGCAUCAAUUAAUCCACCACAACCAGUAUUUUUCUCUUCGUCUGGACUUACUGUCCCUCCUGUUGUCCAACAGAUCAUUCUUUUGGAUGAGGCAACAGCAUCCAUCGAUGCAGAGACAGACGCCUUGAUCCAGACCACCAUCAACGAAGCCUUUCAGGACUGCACCAUGCUCACCAUCGCCCAUCGUAUCAACACUGUGAUGCACGCAGAUCGUAUUCUGGUCAUGGACAAUGGAAAGGUGGCUGAGUUUGACCAUCCAGAUGUGCUGAAGCAAAGACCAGACUCUCUGUUCUCCUCACUCCUCGCAGCUGCUAACACUGUGAACACCUGAACCACAGAGGCCCUGUGGCACCACUACACACUAAAAACUGAAACAUAAUAAUAUUCAUUUCCCACUUUCAUCAGUCCUGUCACAUGUAAUCUGGACCAGUCUGGUUUUAUCCGGUGUGACUGAGUCCAACAUUCAUGGAGAAAGACACAAUUUCUGUUUUUCACCUUACACACUGUGUAAAUAUGGUGGUGUAGUGGCCUCACAGCCAGAGGGUGACAGAGAGGCCCAGGUUCGAUCCUUCUGUGUGGAGUUUCUGCAAUACCAAGAUGGCCGCCAGACCAGUCCUGUGUUUGUGUGUCUGCAUGUGAGCUCGGAAUUUAUGUUUUAUUUAUGUUUUAUUUUGCCUGCUGAUCUGGCUGUUGUAACGUCUAAAGUGUCUUUAGCUUGUACUGAACUGAGAGCAUAGUGCCUAUUUAUUGGUUUCUUACAAAAUCUAUAAAUUACAGCCUAUUAUAUCCUUUGCUAGACGUAGCCUGGGCCUGUUUAACCUGCUUCAGCCUAGCUUCCUCUGCUAGCUGUAGCCUGGGCUUCUUCAACCUGGUACAGUCUGUCCUCCUCUGCUAGCUGUAGCCUGGCCCUCUUCAACUUGCUCCAGCCUGGGCCAAUUCAGCCUACUACAGCCUGGGCCAACUCAACCUGUUGCAGCGUGGGCCUAGUCAGCCUGCUACAGCUUGGGCCAAUUCAACCUGCUACAGCCUGGACCUUUUCAACCUGCUACAGCCUGGACCUCUUCAACCUGCUACGGCCUGGCCCUCUUCAACCUGCUACGGCCUGGACUUCUUCAACCCGCUACAGCCUGGACCUCUUCGACCUGCUACAGCCUGGCCCUCUUCAACCUGCUACAGCCUGGACUUCUUCAACCUGCUACAGCCUGGACUUCUUCAACCUGCCACAGCCUGGACCUCUUCGACCUGCUACAGCCUGGACCUCUUCAACCUGCCACAGCCUGGACCUCUUCGACCUGCUACAGCCUGGACCUCUUCAACCUGCUACAGCCUGGACUGCUUUAACCUGCCACAGCUUGGCUUCCUCUGCUAGCUAUAGCCUGGCCUUCUUCAACCUGCUACAGCCUGACCUAUUGGUUAUUGGUUUGGACAUGUUUCAUCCACUAAAACCUUCCCGGCCUUUUUGGCUCACAAUCAUUUUUCUUCUCUGGAUCACAUCAGCUCAUCCAACCUGCCUUUCUAGCAGGUACACACAGGAGACUGCCAUCCUUUCUAACGGUAUUGGUACAUUGGGCUUCAGUUUAUCAACCAGGGACAUUUCUUCCUUCUGGUUUACAAAGACUUUUGGACUUCCUACUUGGUUUGUAACAAAGCUUAUUCCUUUGUACUCUUACAUGUUAUUGCAGCAGUUCCACGACUCCUCUUUAAUUUCGACCAAACCGUCAUUGAAAGAUAAACAUAUGCAACAUUUUAGCACUGUCCUCAGACGUGUGUUAAUCAUUCUCAUGUUGUUCAUCUCUGGAAAUGUUCACCCAAACCCAGGGCCCGCUAUCCAUGGUCCCACUGUCUCCAAUCUGUCAUUUAAUGAUUUUUGUGAUCGUAAAUCAUUGGGCUUUUUACAUGUCAAUAUCUGUAGUUUGUUGCCAAAACAUGACUAUUUAAAAUCUUGGGUGCACACUGCAAACCCUGAUGUUCUGGCUGUCUCUGAAUCAUGGCUUAAGAAAGGUGUCUCGGAUCUAGAAAUUCGAAUACCGGGUUACGUCUUUCGUCAGGAUAGAUCCACCAAGGGUGGCGGCAUGGCUAUAUUUGUAAAAGACCAUUUGCAAUGUUCUGUUACGCUGUCUAAAUCAGUCCCCAAGCAAUUUGAACUGUUACUGUUAAAAAUUAAACUGUCAACAAAUUUCACUCUGUCUGUUGCUGUUUGCUAUAGACCACCCUCUGCUCCAGCAUGCACAUUAAGAGCUCUCGGUGAACUGCUGGCCCCUCACAUUUCCUCUGAGUUUGUCCUUUUGGGUGACCUAAACUGGAAUAUGAUCAACCCCCCUGAUUUGGUUACACAGCAAUUUGAUGCUUUAAACCUCUUUCAAAUUGUAUCUGAGCCAACCAGAUAUAAUUUGAAAUCACCGUCAUCUGCCACACUGAUUGAUAUUAUUCUCACUAACACUCCAUCAAAUUACCGAUCUGGAGUCUUCAGUCAAGACUUGAGUGACCACCGUGCUAUUGCAUGCAUUCGCUUCGGCCUCUCUGUCAAACGUCCGCCGGUGAUUGUGACCAAGCGCUCACUGAAAAACUUUGCCAAUCAGGCCUUCCUGCAAGAUGUUGCAGCUGCGUCCUGGGAAAGAAUCAAUCUUAUUCCCUCAGUGGAGGAUGCCUAGUCUUAUUUCAAAAACACCUUUAGCCUAAUCAUUGAGAAACACGCCCCAUUGAAACGAUUCCGGACGAAGAAUCGCUACAGCCCCUGGUUUAGUCACAAUUUGGCGGCUUUGAUCCACCUAAAAAACACCUUAUGGCGGAGGGCGAGGUCUUCUCAGUCUGCUGCCGACUGGCUGGCCUUCAGACAAUGCAGGAACAAAACAACACAGGCGAUCAGGAAAGCUAAAAUCAGUCAUUUCAAGGAAGAAUUCUCAGCCAGUGGCUCUGACGGCAAUAAAUUUUGGAAAACAGUUAAAUCCAUGGAAAACAAACUUGCUUCUCCGUAUCUACCCACUUCUAUGAUUUUUGAUGACAUUGUUGUUACUGAUAAACAACGCAUGGCCACACACUUCAACCAACAUUUCGUGAAAUCGUCUAAUUUCUUUGAUGCAGUUGCCCCUGAAAUAGAUUCAUCUAACACGCCUACUUCAUCACCCAGCGUUACCAGCUUCUCCCUUCAACCUGUUAAGGUUUCGGAAGUCCUGGAUGAACUUAUUAAGUUAGAUUCAAACAAGUCAGCUGGUUCUGAUGGGAUUGACCCUGUGUUUUUAAAAUCAGCCGCUCAUAUUAUUGCUUCCCCUAUUACAAGCCUGUUUAACCUAUCAUUUAAUUUGUCUGUUUUCCCCCUUGACUGGAAAUUGGCUACGAUUCUUCCCCUCUUUAAAGGAGGCUCUGGCUCUGACCCGAACUGCUACAGGCCGAUUUCCAUUUUGCCCUGUCUGGCCAAAGUCAUAGAGAAACUGGUACAUAAACAACUAGUUCACUUCAUUGACUCAAAUCAUAUUUUGUCUGACCUGCAGUCUGGGUUUAGGAAAGGCCGCGGAUGUACCACCGCUACACUGAAGGUCCUUGAUGACGUCAUCACCGCCAUAGACAACAAACAGACUUGUGUAGCUGCCUUCAUAGAUCUAGCCAAGGCUUUUGACUCGGUCAACCAUAACAUUCUCCUGCAAAGGCUUACCAGCAUUGGCUUGUCCAGUAGUUGUUGCAACUGGUUUGCUAGCUACGUACUUGGCUGGUCGUGUCCAGCGGGUGAAGACUUAAAACAUCAUGUCUGAACCGCUUACCAUCUCUAAAGGUGUCCCUCAAGGCUCCAUCUUAGGCCCUAUUUUGUUUUCUAUUUAUAUUAACGAUGCAGCAAAAGCUGCUGGAAAUUCCUUGAUUCAUUUGUAUGCUGAUGACACCAUCAUAUAUUCACCUGUCCCUCACUCUACUCUGCUGUGUCCACUCUUCAACAAAGCCUCACCUCCAUCCAACAGUCUCUCCACAGCCUCCACCUGCUCCUCAACCCCAAAAAGACCAAAUGUAUGCUGUUUGACUGGAAAAACCUCAUCAUUCCCAGCCCUCCCAAUGUCUACAGUGCUGAUGGCUCGGAGCUGGAGUUUGUCAGCUCCUACAAAUACCUUGGAUUCUGGUUGGACUCGUCUCUCUCAUUUAACAUACACAUCAAUAACCUUCUGGCUAAAGUCAAAGCUAGACUGGGUUUCCUGUAUCGAAACAAGGCCUCCUUCACACACUCUGCCAAAUUCACCCUUGUGAAAAUGACCAUCCUUCCUCUAUUUGAUUACGGCGAUAUAAUUUAUAAAAUGGCAUCAAAGACCACCCUCAGAAAACUGGACACACUCAGCAAUCCGUUUUUCCACAUCUGCACCCUUCACCACCCACCACUGUGCUCUAUACAGAUUGGUGGAUUGGCCCUCCCUUCAUACCAGGCGGCUACAACACUGGCUGCUUGUGGUCUAUAAAUCCAUUUUGGGAAUGACUCCUCAUUACCUCUCAAAUCUUCUGCGCAUUUCUGACAGCAAUCGGCAUUUAAGAUCCAGUGACUUCAUUAGGCUCAUCAUUCCAAAAGUCCGUACUGUGUUUGGUCAUAACUCCUUUCAUUUUGCUGCUGCAAAGGACUGGAACUCAUUACAAAACACACUCAAACUAAGAGCUCUCACCUCUCUCAACAUGUUCAAACAUAAGCUGCAACAAGUUAUAGUUGACUGCUGUACUUGCUGACCAGCCCUCACUUCUCUCUUUCUUCCAUUUUUUUACUAAUAACAUCCAGUAAUCUGCCUUUUAUUUUGUACAUAGUGUUUAU